GGAUGUGUGGAACAAAUCCAUCUGGCCUGUCAGGUUAACUGAUUUACUUCAAUAGAGAACAAGUCUUACGUCGCCCCUGGACUCCCCCUGUUGUCUUUGUACUUUUUUUUUUUUUAAUAAAGUUUAUUCAAAAAAGAAAAAGUGAGGCUUGUGCGGAGAGACCCCAGUAGUCACUUCAACAGAGAAGAGAGACCCGAAGACCAGACCAGAAGGACAGACACUGUGCGCGUGAGGAUGAAGCUGUUUUACGUUGUCAUGGUGAUGACGUUGACGUCCGCAGCGCUGCUCAUCGCCAACUCUGGAUUGACGUUCAUCCAUGACCUGAAAUCUAACGUCCAAAGGGCCGCAAGGGCGACAGCGCCGUCAUCAUGGACACCCGGAUCAAAUGGCACAAAUUUAAAAGGGAAGAUGUUCACAAUGAUUGAUGGUGCGUCACUGCGCUUUUUUGCGUGUCCUAUCCCUGGUGUUUUCAACACCGCGUCCCCCAUGAUGACUGCCUCACCUUUGGCAGGUGUGUCUGUUUGUCUGCGCUACCUGGCCGACUCUAAGGACAAAACCAUCCGCUCUAUCUUUACUCUCAAUCCAUCCACGACUCCUCUGGAGCUGAAAUUCGAGUACAGACAGUAUUUUGUCAAAAUAACAAAAUUCGGAUAUAGUAUCUCAGACCCAAUGGAAACUUACAUUCAAUUCUGGCCAAAUCUGGGAUUUGAAAUUUGGACUAGACUCUGCUUCACGAUGGACUCCAGGACCAAUGUGGCCCAGGUCUUCAGCGGCCCUAACAUGAGCAUCAGGAGGAUCCUACAGUCUAGGUACGUGUGGUCAGGUGAGCCUGUGAUCGCUAUUUCAGGUUUUUAUGGUCAGCUGACAGACGUCCAGAUGUGGGAUUAUCCCCUCAGCCAAAAAGAAGUCUUGUACUACAUGGCCAGGGGGUCCUACCGUGGCUCCACCAUUACAUGGUCUUCCAUCUGCUACAGUGGAAAUGCUCUGUUAGAAGACACCUAUGAAAGCAGGGAGUAGCCAUACGCCAAACUAUAGGUUGUUUGCAGAUGAUGUCACGCUACAGUGGAGAACUCCAGAUGGGGGGCAGGAAUUGAUUUCUGCAUGAGAAGCACUAUCAAAACACCAAAGUUUGAGCUGUUUGAGCUGAUUAUACCAUAUUUGGGGUUUAGGGAUAAUCUCCCAGGAAAUUUUGGGUUCAACAAUUUAUUUCUUACGUCACAGUUUGUUGUUAUUUUCUAAUUUUCUAAAACACAGCAUGCUGAGCAGCACAGCAGGAUGUCCAAGCUUACACCACGUGCGAAUAUGGAUGCAUGUCUGAUUUAAGUGAAAGCCUCAAGGAAUUUUUUGAAACGAGUCACUCAGAUUGCUUGAGGAGUCGUUUCAGUUUAAUGCUGAUGCACCCGCUGCUGCAGCUGGCAAAGUUUCCCCUCCUCCACCCCAGCCUCCUCCUUUAUAGCAUAAAGCUUGUUGAGCCCUCACAUUCAGACUCAUGCUACUAUGGAUUAAUAGCUUUUGAACUAAUUUUAUUGUCAUAAAUAUAUGUGUUCACAUGGGAGUUUUUAGCUUUGCACCCUCAAGAAACUUAAAGCAUGCUUGACUAACCCAGGGAGCAUCUUUAGAGCAGAGAGUAAAACCUUUAAAAUGAUUAUAUGUAUGACAGAAGUGUUCCUGAGUAAAAUAUGAAAUAUUGAUCUCCUCCAUGCCAGGCAAAUCAGUUAAAUGAUGGGGAAAAAUACUUCUUAAAAUUGUAGGGUGUAUACUCAUUGUAAGUAGGCAUUUUCUUUUAACUGUAGUCUAAUAAUAAUGAGAACUACUUAUUAACCGCUGUUCUUUGCUUCCUGCCCCCUAUCUGACAUCAGCAAGAUUAUGAGACUGCAGACAACCUGUAACAAGACAGAUGCCAACAGAUGCCUUCAAUAACCUUUGUGUUUUAUUUACUUUCAUAAUGAAUAUCGUAUGCAUGUUUAAUUUUUACUUUGUUUCAUGUUUACUUUUAUUAUAUAUGAUUAUUUUCUCUUCUAUUGAGUAAAACAUGCUUGAUUGCAUUUUUGGCUCCCUAAAAGCUCUUAAUCUGGUACCAUUUUGGCUUUUAUGGGAUGUGCAAGACUUCUCAAUGUUUUGACCUAUGAUUUAUGUAUUUGCAUUUAUUUUACUGGCAUUACUCAUUGCAAUAAACCAAACCCUAUAAU